AUGAAGGGCCGACCUCCCGCGGGCCGCAGGCAGAAAUCCUGGAUUGAAGGAGUAUUCAACAAGAGAGAAUGUAACAAAUUCAUACCCAGUUCAAAAGACCCUCACAGAUGCCACUGUGGACGAUUGAGCCAAGACCAUCAAGGGAAAGAUUAUCCCUGGAGCAUUAACGAGAAUGAACUAUGGUCUGUUGAAAAACACACAGUGAAAAGCCCCACAGACAGCUUUGGCACCAUUAAUUUCCAAGAUGGAGAGCAUAUCUACCACUCCAAGUAUAUUAGAACGUCCUAUGACACCAAGUUGGACCAUCUGCUACAUCUGAUGUUGAAUGAGUGGAGGAUGGAGCUGCCAAAGCUGGUGAUUUCCGUCCAUGGAGGGCUCCAGAACUUCAAGAUGCCUGCCAAGCUUAAAGACACCUUCAGCCAGGGUUUGGUUAAAGCUGCAGAGACAACCGGAGCAUGGAUAAUAACAGAAGGCAUCAACUCGGGAGUGUCCAAACAUGUUGGGGAUGCCCUGAAAGCCCAUGCCUCGAAGUCCUUGAGGAAAAUCUGGACAGUUGGCAUUCCCCCUUGGGGUGUCAUUGAAAACCAGAGAGAUCUGAUUGGAAAAGAUGUGGUGUGCAUGUACCAGACCCUGGGGAACUCCCUCAGCACGCUCACCACCCUCAACUGCAUGCACUCACACUUCAUCCUGUCCGACGAUGGGACUGUGGGCAAGUAUGGGAACGAAAUGAAGCUCCGGAGGAGCCUGGAGAAGUACAUCUCACUGCAGAAAAUACACAGCCGCUCACUCCCAGGGGUGCCCGUGAUGGGGCUGGUGGUGGAAGGCGGCCCCAACGUCAUCCUGUCGGUGUGGGAGACGGUGAAGAACGAAGUCCCCGUGGUGGUCUGUGAAGGUUCGGGCAGAGCAGCCGACCUCCUGGCCUUCACUCACAAACACUUAGCCGACGAAGGGAUGCUGCGUCCGCAGGUGAAAGACGGGAUCCUCAGCAUGAUCGAAAGCACCUUCAACUUCAGCCCCGAGCAGUCCAGACACCUCUUCCACAUUCUAAUGCAGUGCAUGGCCUACAGGGAUUCCAUUACCAUAUUUGAUGUGGAUUCUGAGGAGCAGCAAGACCUUGACCUAGCAAUUCUGACAGCUCUGCUGAAGGGCACAAACUUAUCAAUAUCGGAACAAUUAAACCUGGCAAUGGCUUGGGACAGAAUGGACAUUGCCAAGAAGCACAUCUUAACAUAUGGGCAACAUUGGAAGCAUGGUGCCCUAGAGCAAGCAAUGCUAGAUGCUUUAGUGAUGGAUCGGGUAGAUUUUGUGAAGCUCUUAAUAGAAAGUGGAGUGAACCUCCAUCGAUUUCUUACCAUCCAGCGACUGGAAGAGCUCUAUAACACAAAACAAGGCCCAAGUAAUAUGUUCUUGCGUUAUCUUGUCCAAGAUGUAAAACAGCAUACCCUUCUCUCAGGCUACAGAAUAACUCUCAUCGACAUUGGAUUGGUCAUAGAAUACCUUAUUGGUGGAGCAUAUCGCAGUAGCUACACAAGAAAAAAUUUCAGAGUUCUCUACAACAACCUCUGCAGAAAGCAUAAGGUAAUUACAUAG